AGGCACGGCAACGGGGGCGGGGGGUGUGGUGGGGAUCGAGAAGUCGUUGGAGCGGUCCAUGUACUUGGAGCUCGCGUUGAGUGCCAUGGAUGAGUUGGUCAAGCUGGCUCAAGUGGAUGAGCCAUUGUGGGUGAGGAGCUUUGAAGAAGGGAGAAUGGUCCUUAACCAAGAAGAAUAUGUGAAGACCUUUAGCCCUUGCAUUGGGUUGAGACCCAAUGGUUUUGUGUCUGAGGCUUCUAGGGAAACUGGGAUGGUGAUUAUGGACAGUUUGGCUAUUGUUGAUACACUCAUGGAUUCUGUCAAGUGGGGUGAAAUGUUCCCAUGUCUUGUGGCUAGAACUACAACAACAGAUGUGAUUUCAAAUGGCAUGGGUGGAACUAGGAAUGGUGCACUUCAUCUGAUGCAUGCAGAGCUCCAAGUGUUGACGCCGUUAGUUUCCGGUGAGGGAGGUGAGUUUUCUCCGGUUCUGCAAGCAGCAUGCCGACGGGGUGUGGGCCGUGGUGGACGUGUCGAUAGACACCAUCCGUGAAACUUGCAGCAGCUCGCCGGUGUUUCCCGCCUGCCGGAGGCUCCCUUCUGGCUGUGUUGUGCAAGAUAUGCCCAAUGGCUACUCCAAAGUAAAAAUCUCUUUUUUAAAUACCCUCACUCCCCUUCCCUUUUCUCAUUCUCCACACUCCCCUCUCUCUCUUCUCCCUAAAUCUUCCGCUCUCUUUCCCGGCCAUGGACGAAGAAAAUUAUAAACCCCCAACACCUCAAGGCCUGCGCUGAGAUACAUGGUCAUCAUCCUUAUGCUGUUUGCUGCCGUCAGCCUAAUCUAUGUGGUGCUAUGCUUCCUGCGGCGGCCACCGCUGCUGCCACUGCAGCCGCCAAUGCGGCCUUCCCUCCAUACUCUUCCCAAUCUUCUUCUUCUCCUCUUCUUCCUUCCCUCUUCCUUUCAAAUAUGGAUAUUUUUGGAAUGAUAAAUUCUACAGUUGGGG